AAAAAUGGAACACAGCCAGCAGUGUGAAGGAGACCACCUAGAAAGUGGCACAUGGCAGAGUGUGGCGAUGGAGACAGCAGCAAAGGGAGGCCGUACAGCGCUACCCCAUGAGAACUCUGGACCUGGCAGCAGCAUGAGGACAGGCGGUACAAAGGGGCCCAUGGCAGAUUACGGCCUGGCAGCAGCAAUGGGGGGCCCGUAAUCUGCCAGCACCCUAUGACAAAAUGGACCCACAAGCAGUGUGAGGGGACCUGAAAAUGGGACAUGGCAGAUGUGGUGAUGGAGACAGCAGCAAUUGGGGGGCCGUACAGGGACCCAUGAACACUGUGGACCCCGGCCCGCAGCA